AGGGAGGCAGGGAGGAGGGGUGAAGCAUGAGGGGGGUAGGGAUGUAGUGCUGGGAAGAAUGGCGGUCCCUUUCGGUCCCCAUGGUUCUAAGGUAAGCUGCAGUGCCUUCCGAGCUGUCAGUGACAGAGCUGAGAUCUAAAGUGAUGACGUCACAAACCAGAAUGCUGGGAGGUCAGAGCUUCACUUCCUCAGGCCCCUGACCGCUCACCCACCCUCCAUGUUCUACAGGUCUCUUGGGACCCUCUUCGGCUGCCCCUCUCGGGGUCCCGAAACUCUUCCAGAUGGAGAAGGUGGGCAAAAUCUCUGCCGCAGUUUCACCCUCCCCCUCUCCACAGAGACUUGUAGUUUGAUAAGGGUUUUGCCUAGACAGAAUGAACUCAAAGACUGAUUAUUGGGAGCUAUCAGAGAGCUGGAUUGAAAGAUGUCUCAAUGAGAGCGAGAACAAACGCUAUCCCAGCCACACAUCUCUGGGGAAUGUGUCUAAUGAUGAAAAUGAGGAAAAGGAAAAUAAUAGAGCCUCCAAGCCCCACUCCACUCCUGCCACUCUGCAAUGGCUGGAGGAAAACUAUGAGAUUGCCGAAGGCGUCUGCAUCCCUCGCAGUGCCCUCUACAUGCACUACCUGGAUUUCUGUGAGAAGAAUGACACCCAGCCCGUCAAUGCUGCCAGCUUCGGGAAGAUCAUAAGGCAGCAGUUCCCUCAGCUAACCACCAGAAGACUCGGGACCCGAGGACAGUCAAAGUACCAUUACUAUGGGAUAGCAGUGAAGGAAAGCUCCCAGUAUUAUGAUGUGAUGUAUUCAAAGAAAGGAGCUGCCUGGGUGAGCGAGACAGGCAAGAGAGAAGUAACCAAACAGACGGUGGCCUAUUCUCCCCGGUCCAAGCUUGGGACAUUGUUGCCAGACUUUCCGAAUGUCAAAGACCUGAAUCUGCCAGCCAGUCUUCCUGAGGAAAAGGUGUCGACCUUUAUUAUGAUGUACAGAACGCACUGUCAGAGAAUACUGGACACUGUCAUAAGAGCCAACUUUGAUGAGGUUCAAAGUUUCCUUCUGCACUUUUGGCAAGGAAUGCCACCCCACAUGCUGCCCGUGCUAGGCUCCUCCACGGUGGUGAACAUCGUGGGCGUGUGUGACUCCAUCCUCUACAAGGCCAUCUCGGGAGUGCUGAUGCCCACAGUGCUACAGGCAUUACCUGACAGCUUAACUCAGGUGAUCCGGAAGUUCGCCAAGCAGCUGGAUGAGUGGCUGAAAGUGGCCCUCCAUGACCUCCCAGAAAACCUGAGAAACAUCAAGUUUGAAUUGUCAAGAAGGUUUUCCCAGAUUCUGAGAAGGCAAACAUCUCUGAAUCAUCUCUGCCAGGCCUCUCGAACGGUGAUCCACAGUGCAGACAUCACGUUCCAGAUGCUGGAGGACUGGAGGAACGUAGACCUGAACAGCAUCACCAAACAGACACUCUACACCAUGGAGGACUCUCGAGAUGAGCACCGCAGACUCAUCAUCCAGUUGUACCAGGAGUUUGACCACCUGCUGGAGGAGCAGUCGCCCAUGGAGUCUUACAUAGAGUGGCUGGAUACCAUGGUAGACCGAUGCGUUGUGAAGGUGGCUGCCAAGAGACAAGGGUCCCUAAAGAAAGUCGCACAACAGUUCCUGUUGAUGUGGUCUUGCUUUGGUACAAGAGUGAUCCGGGACAUGACCUUGCACAGUGCUCCCAGCUUCGGGUCUUUUCACCUAAUUCACCUGAUGUUCGACGACUACGUGCUCUAUUUGCUAGAAUCUCUGCAUUGCCAGGAGCGGGCCAACGAGCUCAUGCGGGCCAUGAAGGGCGAAGGAAGCACUGCGGAAGUCCAGGAAGAGAUUAUCUUGACUGAGGCUUCCCCACCCACCCCUUCACCGGUACCAUCAUUUUCUCCAGCAAAAUCUGCCACCUCUGUGGAGGUGCCACCUCCAUCCUCCCCCGCCAGCAACCCAUCCCCUGAAUACACUGGCCUCAGCACAACAGGGCUGUCAGGGAAGGAGAGUGCGUGCUUGGAGGCAUCGGGAGAGACCUCACAGAGGAGUGGAGGGUUGGGAGCAAUGCAGUCCUAUACGUGGUCGCUAACAUACACAGUGACAACAGCUGCUGGGUCCCCAGCUGAGAACUCCCAACAACUGCCCUGCAUGAGGAGCACCCAUAUGCCUUCUUCCUCUGUCACACACAGGAUACCGGUCUACUCCCACCGAGAGGAGCAUGGGUACACGGGGAGCUAUAACUACGGGAGCUAUGGCAACCAGCAUCCUCACCCAAUGCAGAGCCAGUAUCCAGCCCUGCCUCACGACACGGCCAUCUCCGGACCACUCCACUACUCCCCUUACCACAGGAGCUCUGCACAGUACCCUUUUAAUAGCCCCACUUCCAGGAUGGAACCUUGUUUGAUGAGCAGUACUCCCAGGCUGCAUCCUACCCCAGUCACUCCCCGCUGGCCAGAGGUGCCAACAGCCAACACGUGCUACACAAGCCCGUCUGUGCAUUCCACGAGGUAUGGAAACUCUAGUGACAUGUACACACCUCUGACCACGCGCAGGAAUUCUGAGUACGAGCACAUGCAACACUUUCCUGGCUUUGCUUACAUCAACGGAGAGGCCUCCACUGGAUGGGCUAAGUGACUGCUUUCAUAGGAAUCCAUAUUUAAUAUUAAUAAUUAAUAAUAAUAAUAAACCCAAUACCCACCCUCCAGAAGACUUUAUCUCUAUACAUCAUAACUCGCGGGCUGUUCCUAAGCAUCCAUUUUCCUAAUGAACAAGAAGAUGUUCAACAUGGGAUGAAUAGACUUUAGUUCAGAAACAGGACUUACUAAAAGUCACUGGGAUUGGGUUCCUGUAGCCAAGCCAGACUUGACUGCUUCUAUAGAGCACUAUCGUGGGCAGGCCAACCUGUGCCUUUCCCCUCUGUUCCAUGACCUUGCAUGGCAACCACUCCCUGUAGGGUACUUAUAUUCCUGUUGACAAAGCUCUUUAGUCUUGAAGGAUGGAUACUGGAGCCAGACUCUGGGCUGUGCUCUUGGAUGGACACAUAAUUUACCAAGAGCAUUGCCAUGGUGUCAUCUCACUGUCCAGUUAGCAGCCCCCAGACAUGUUCUCCACCUCCUACUUCCUGAUGGUGUCAUCACUACUUCCUGGAGCCCUAGGGCCAAAUGUAAGUUCCUGAAAAUGCUAAGCACCCUGUUCCACUCAUACCUGCCAUCGUACCUGCGUUGUCUUGGAAUGUAAGCACUGUUUGGAGGGACGGAAGAGGCCUGAUGUAUGUCGCCUUUAGUUGAUUGAUGUCUGUAGGGACCGGUUCCUCUGUGUACAAGGAUUUGCCCUAAGUUUGCACAGUGGCUAACAUCAGCAGAAGGCAGGAGAGGGUUUCUUAAGUUCUGUGAGAAACGUGGAUUUAUGGCACUAAGUAUCAUUCUUUGCUGUGUUGCUUUGUGAAGCUGGAUGGAUCAAACUUUCACUUCGCAAGCACCAAGUAUGAAAACAGCUGUCGUGGUUCCUUCCUAAGACUAGAAUACUUUCCGACACUUUGCUAGAAAAAAAAAAUCAAAGCUGUGCCUUUGAGUCUAUACUAUACUGUGUAUGUGUGGAAAUAAAAGUGUAUUGUACUUUGGGAAAAUUUUUUCGUAGGUAUUUUUUUGUCAGAUUUGUAGCUAUUUGUGAGGUUUGUUAGAGAUUAACAUAGGUUUUCUUUCUGUAUUAUAAGAUGCACCAAGCAAUUAUGGUGGACCUAUUACCCUAUGGGUAAGAAAUAAAUGGAAAUAUGACAUCGGAUGUUUUAGCAAAUGUUCUGUAAAUAAAAUGUUUGAUCACACCACCCAGUGUGAUAAUCAUGUCUACAGCUAAAAUGGAAAUAGUUUCAUCUGUACAGUUGUGCAAGAUAUGAAUGGUUUCACUAUCUGUACAGUUGUGCAAGAUAUGAAUGGUUUCACACUCAAAUAAAAAGUAUUGAAAGGA